AUGGAACAGGUCAUUAAAAAUAUGACGGGAAUCAAGCCUUUUAGUAAUGCUUAUGAUCUUUUCGAUAUGACCAGAUAUACAAAUGGCGCCUCCAAGCUUAUGGAGUAUUACGCAGACCUGGGACCACAUUUCACAUACAAUCUCUUUCCAUACGGAUUCACGUUUGAGAGCAUCAGCUUUGGACAGAUGGCUGCACCGUAUGAGGGUUUGAAACACGACUGGGAAAGUGUAAUCAAGACGCUUACUGGCAGCGAUGAAAAUGGUGGGCUAAAAAAACUUAAAACGAUUUUGGAUGGUGAGAAAUGUACUCCAGCUCCGCCUCCAAAACCACGACCUAGGCCGGCGCCUGCGCCUAGGCCCCCGAGACCUGCCAGACCUGCGCCACCACCCAAGCCCACAACAGGUAACUCAUCCGGAGCUCAAGGUUUCAGAGGAGCCGGAGGGAAUCGAAAUAGCGGAAAUGGCGGCCAGAUGGAGUCUGGUGCGAGACGGGUAAAAGGAAGUGGAGGGGCAGGGUAUCGCAGGGGAAGUGGCGCCCAACGUAGCGCCACUCAAGUGAAAUCAGUGGCUCAGAGUCGUACAGCUUCCAGGCUUUCCCAUGUUCAAGCUUCAUCAGCUCAAAAAGCUGCUCAACCUCAAAAUGCUGAUAACUCUUCCAGUCAACAAGUGGCGGGACCUCAACAGCUCGUAGAAAUUAAAGCGCCUCCAGCGCCAAGUGUUUCAGUGAGUCGAAAUCAUGCUACAUCGUCGACAACAACAGUUCAAGAGCCUGACAUUCCAUCUGUCAGUCCCCAAGAAAAACCAGGCCAUAUCGCCUCAUCUCAUACUCCCGCUACUCCUGGGCGCAGCGGCACCUCCGGUGAUUCAAAUGACCAGGCGCGUAGUUCAAAUCCUUUUGUUCAACCAGGUGUGUCGGUGUCUUCUUCUGUAUCGAACCCCCCGAAUGGUCAAACCUUGCCGACCGAUAGAGUUGUCUCGAGUGCCGCUGCUAUACAUCCCACAACUCAUCGAGCUGCUUCGGAUGGCGGUGAUGGCAUAGGAGGGAAUGGUACGGCAGGGGAGAUGGGUAGUACUGGGGGAUCAGAUUCUACAGGUAGUUCUACGUCCCUACCGCACCCUCCUCCCCCAGCACAGCUAGAACCCUUACCUGCUAGCCACGAUGUUACUGCAGUUCCUGAACUACCCAAGGAAGUGGUUCCGGAGAAGAAAGUUACCGUUAUUAAAGCGCCAGAGCCUAUUACGCCUAAAAUAGCUGAAGGAACUAAUAAACUUGAGGGUACACCCAUCCACGGCGGCACACUUGGAGUAAAUCCGAUGCAGGACAAUAAUCAAAAUACGGAAAAGUCUCCCAGCCCGGUAGUUGUAACCUCUGUUCAAGUUGUGUCUCCUGGUAGCGAUCAUCAGAACCCGCAAGGGUCUGAAGCUGAUCAAAGCCCUCAUGCAGUUGGUGGUAACGAUUCUGUUGCAUCUUCUGACUCAUCAGUUCAAGAUCCUGUUCUGACGCAACAGCAUGUUACUCAAUCGACGUAUAUGUCUCAAUCCCCGAGCUCUCCCUCCAGUGCUGCAACACCUGAAGUAACUGGCACGCAAGGUGACCUCGGCGCGGAUAUAUCAGCAGUGGUUCAGCCGGCUUUACAGACUGUUGCACCUCCAGAUGCCGUAGACACUCCGACGUUGACUGUUGAACCUCAAGUUCAGCCAGCGCAUUCGCCGACAGCUUCUUCCCGCAGUUCUGCAGCCCCUGCACCCCCUGUUCCUCUAGGUGAUCCGGGUGGGAGUUCACAGGGUGAUGCUUCUUCAGGUCGACAGCCUGCUGUCUCUACAGACACUCUUGUCACUCAAUCCCCAAGUGUAACAGAAUCAGUAUUUCAGCCUUCGAGUGUCCUUGCUCCCUCUGGUUCCUCUAGUCCGGAUAGUAAUCAGGGGUCUUCUCAACACGGUCAACAAAAUGGAUUAAGUUCUACGACCACAUCAGACACCGGCACAACCAUGAAAUUACCUGGCCAGGGCGUUGAUCCUGGAAGUGGGGAGGCGGCAGGCGGUACGGAUGGCCAUUCCCAGGACAAUUUAGAUUCUCAACCUCAUGCGCAAUCGCCCAAUCCAAGUGAUCUAGUCGCAGCCCGUACAUCGUCACUUGGUGGUGGUUCACCGCUUAGUCCGGCCCUUACACUCCAAUCGUCGCCUCAAGGAAAUUCAAAUGAUCAAAGUGCAGGUACAAGCGACGAAAGCACUACAACGGUUUCACAAUAUGAUGCUUCAGCAUCAGCGGGUGGAGCUGAUGCUGCAGGAAAACAAGCUCAACAAAGUGUUGACAAUAAUGAUAAUGCGUCGCAAGGCCAGCCAGGUCCGACGCUGUCUGUUCCUACGCCACCUCCCCCCAGUGCUCCAGAACCCACCACUGCUGAUACGCCAAGUGACAGCGAUACCGGUUCAAAAAACAAUAGUACCCUAACUCAAGAGCCUGCUUUACCUCAAGGUUCAGGUGUUCAACCUCCAGGGUCCUCGUCAUCUGAAAUCUCUGAUAGUGAUAGUGAUCCAGUCGCACCGGGGUCCAACGGUGAUCAAGGGAGUCCCGGCGCAGGGACUCUGCAGCCAUCGCCACAGCCAGGUCACUCAGAUCCACAGGGUGUUAAACAAGAACCCACACAAGCGACUUCCUCCCCAGACUCCGCUACCAGCCCUACUACAAUCCCUGCCCCAAGUUCUCAGCCAGGUAAGGCAGAUGGCGGGGAUCAGGGUCUAAAGAGCAACUCGAAUCCAGCUCAACCGGAUGUUACCUCUCAAGCCGCUGCGCUCAGUCAACUUGCAAGUGUUUCAGACUCAGUUUCUUCUCCAUAUGGCACCCUUAGUUCAGCUACGGUUCAGCAACCUAAUGCCCAGUUGGCUGCUCAAGAUAAUCAACAAAGUGCUCACGGCUCACACCAAAGUUUAAGCGCCACAAAGAUGAGUGCGCCACCUGUACAGUCUUCCGAUUCAGAUGUCAAUGACGUUUCUGGAGUGGUUGGGGCGAGUUCAAUAGUUCAGCCGCCGGAUCCGAACAUAGAAAUUUCAUUCGAAGUUGGGAAGUUCGAUGAUACUUUAAGCGACGCAAAUUCCAAUGCACUACAGGAUCAGGCAACCAACAAAGCUCCGAAUGUCAUCUUCGAUAUAAUUAAGCCGACUUUUGCAAAUUAUGGCGAAGAUUCUCCGGCAACUCCAUCAUUGACCCCACCCGUCGGUCUUCAUCGAGACUACGAUGCAAUUAAUGAUGUGUCGGAUGAAACAAAGGAAACGCGAUCUAAUACGGAAGACAGUGUGGAUCUAUUCAUAGAUGUGCUGAAGCAUCCCCCGUCCCAGCCUUUAGCGGAGUAUGAUCCUGAAUAUAUCCAUGCUGCGCCGAAAUUAGGGCGCCCUAAAGUUGACGAUUUAGAUGAUCUUGCGCUGAAGGAUGCUGAGGGUGCAAAAAUGUAUACCCCCCUGGCCGUGUUUCCCGGGCAAUCCCCGUUUGAUGACAACCCAAACGUCUGCCAAGCUCCCUGGUACGUCCCCGAGCAUUCCAAAAAUCUCAUCCCUCCGAUCGUAACCCCUCCCCCAGUCACCGAUCAUCUGCAUUCUCCCAAAACGGUCCGAGAAAUGCUCUAUUGGCUGGUCGGCGUUGUCGAAUUAGGGUACAUUGGUUUUAUUCGGAAGCAUGUUGAUGUAGUUUUGGAUGAUGUUAAUACGGACUCCUUCCUGCCUACUAAUGUGCUCUUAGUCACCAGGAAUCUUACAACCGUCACCUCACACGAGAUCUCCCAAACCCUCACCGCGGCGUGUCACUAUGCGGCUAAAGUUCUACACAGGCUUAAACAUAGAGACGUUUCGAACGAGACUUCAAUUCCCGAGUUCAAUGCAGAGUAUCGCAAUUAUUAUUACUCCUCUGACCCCGACGGGCUUCUCUGCCAGCUGCGUGACUAUGUCUACGCCGCGCACCACCAGUUGAUGUUCCUAAGGUCGCAAUGUGGUCGCGAUAAAUUCCGUGGUGGGUGGAAGAGUUAUGAGUAUAGCAGUGGUAUCAAGGAGCAAUCUCCCCUCCAGGCGUUCCUGACCGACAGCUGGGACUCCACCUU